UGAGCAUUCUCUGGUGUGGUCCACAGUGGCUUCCUCAUCCUAUAUAUGCUUGUUGUUUAGAGAAUCAGAGGGGGGAAAUCAACAAUACCUAAUCAACACUGCUGAUCAAGGGCAGACUAACCUUUCACAUUUAAGAAAAAAGUAAUCCAAUUGUCUAGGAAAACAGCGUUAUAACUAUGUGAUAUAAAUUGGAAAAGAGAACAAACAGCAAGUAGCACAGACAAGUGCAAGUCAAAAUGAAUACUUCCGGAGGUAGCUGUGGAAGUCCCAGCUCUGUAGAACCUGUUGCAGACUGCUUCAAGGAACUGUGGACGAAACUAAAAGAAUGUCAUGAUAAAGAAGUAAAAGGAUUACAGUUAAAGAUUUCCAAACUGAAAAAGGAAAGGUGUUUGGAUGCAGAGAGGCUUGAAGAAUUUUACACCAAAAACCAGCAGCUUAGAGAGCAACAGAAAUCUCUGUAUGACACUAUUACUGUUUUAGAAGAUCGUUUAAGAGCUGGAUUAUGUGAUCGUUGUGCAGUAACUGAAGAACAUAUGAAGAAGAAACAGCAGGAAUUUGAAAAUAUCCGGCAACAGAAUCUGAAACUAAUCACUGAACUGAUGAAUGAAAGAAAUAACUUACAAGACGAAAAUAAAAAAAUUUCUGAACAGCUUCACCAGAUGCAGCAGAAGAUAGAAGAGCAAGAUGAAGAUAUGAAAGGGUUUAUUCCAGGAUCACCAGUUCAGACGUUUUCACUUUCAAUGGUUAAUCGAAUGCGGCGAAAAAGAGAGAAUAGGCAUGUACGAUAUGCGGAACAGAAGAGUACAGAAUUACAACACAAAGGGAAAAUUAAUGAGAUUGGGAAGGUCGCUUUAUUAUCAACUCAGAAGGAUGUCCAUUCCAGUGAAGAAAUAUUGGUAGCGGAUACCUGCAAUCUACAAUGUUCACCAAUAUCAAAUGAAAAAGGAACAAGAGACCCUACCACAACAUCACCUUUUGACUUGGCGGCAGUUGUUGCAGAAACACUUGGACUUGAUAAGCCUAUUCUUCAGCACAAACUGGGAGAUUCCAGAAAACAGACGGCUCCUGGAUUACCAAGAAGCAAUGGUGACAAUAUGGGGUUUUCAGAUCCAUCGGAGAACACUCCUCAGCCUACAGACUGGGAUUCUGAGGCACUUUCUCCUGUUUUGGAGCAUUCUUCAAACGUGAAAAAGAGCCUGGGCUUGAGUGCAAGUCUUUCCCCUUCUGUGUUAGCAACGGGACUGAAGUCAAAUAUGAAAGUCAGCUCUAUCAACAGUUCUUCUCAUUCCAGAUCUGAGAAAAUGAGAUCAAAAUCUGAAGAUGUCGCUUUUGUUGCACCACUUAACCUUGGAACUGAAGUAGCCUCUGUUAUCAGUCAGGCACCAGCCAAUCAGCAGGUGGUUCAGAAACAGAAUACAGAUGAGCCCAUAACUUGUGUCACUAACACACAUUCAGAUAAAGAUGAAACUGUCAAGAGUGAUUUCCUUCUUGCACCACAGAAACUACUGAUAAGCAAAAGUACCAAAAGGAAGAAAUCAGAGGAGAAAAGUGGGCAUGUAAUUUGCUGUGGAAAAGAAAAUGCCCUCCCAACCCAAAUAGACAUUCUUUCUGCUGCCACUAGAGAUAAUACAACUGAUAGACCCCUAGAUCUAUCUGAUCGUUUUGCUUCUUUUCACACUCAAGAAAAAAGCCAUGCAACAUCUGAGCUCUCCAAAACCAAGCUAAAGCAGGCAACUCUCCAUGAUGUUUUUCAACCAUCAGGGAAAUAUACUUCAUCCAUUAAAAGCAUCAGUGAUAACAACUUAGCAAACAAGGAUUUGGAAGAGGAUCCCUAUAUACAGGAAGCAAUCUUGAAAUCUCUAAGCAAAGCACCUCCAGAGGUUAAACCUCAAGUACAAAUAAAAAAAGAAAUACUUGCCUUUGGUAACGUGCUACCAAACAAUACCCUUGAGCCAGACCUGUCUGAAGACAUGAUAGUUGCUCAUAUCUGUGAACCAACUAGUAAGAAAAUAAGGACAGGACCUGGAGUGGGUGAACCAGCAUCGGUGCUUCAACCAAAUCCAUGCAGAGUGACAAAAACUGCAAAACCACGCAAUCAGAAAGAUAUCCCAUCGUUGGAUAGCAUACAGUGGAGUAUAGAUCCGGGAGCAGACCUUUCCCAGUAUAAAAUGGAUGUAACGCUAAAAGAUUCAAAAGAAGAUACCCAAUCAAGCAUUGGAGGGGAGACAGUUGAUAUGGACUAUACAUAUGUCAGUGAAAAUAUUCUAUUGAGAAUGAAAAAUCAAGAACAAAAAGAAGCAAGCACUCCACAAAGUGAAAGCAGAAAGAAUGGCAGCUUACUGGAAAUAUUUGAUCAGACAUCAUAUGAAGAAUACAAAUCCUAUUUAGAAGAUGAUAAUCUUCCAGAAUGUAACAAUAAAGUGAUGUCUCAGGAGCAAGGGGAAGAUAAUAAGACAAUAUCAACAGUAAAAGGAAACCUACAGAGACAUGAAGACAAAAAAGAUAAAACCAAACAGAAAGCUUUUGUUGAACCCUAUUACAAAAGUGAUGAAAGAAAGAACUCUGUAUUAGAUUUUCCUCAUGUUGAGGUUGUUCGUAAGAGAGAUGAGAGGAGAAAGUUACUUGGCCAUACUUGUAAGGAAUGUGAAAUCUACUACGCAGACCUUCCAGAAGGAGAGAAAGAGAAGAAAUUAGCUGCCUGUUCAAGACAUCGGUCUCGCUACAUUCCUCCUGACACACCAGAGAACUUCUGGGAGGUUGGAUUUCCUACCACCCAAAUGUGUGUUGAAAGAGGUUACAUAAAAGAGGACCUUGUUCCCUGCCCUCGUCCUAAAAGAAGACAGCCAUAUAAUGUGACAUUUUCUCCGAAAGGCAAAGAACAAAAAACAUAAAUGAGAUACAAAACUGAAGAAUGUAGAUAUAAGUUUUUUGUGUCGAGAUAUUUAUGUCCGGUGGGAAAAAAUUGAUAAAAGUAUUCUUUGUGGAGCAUUUCUCAAAUGGAAAUUCACUUCCCUUUGAACUAUCGUUUGACUAUUUUGGGCUACAAAUGCAACUAUUUAAUGUACAUAAUUGUUUUUAUUGUAUAUGUUAAUUGUGCCUCAUCGUGAUUUUGCACCUUUUCAUUAGGAGAGCCAGUAGCUGUUUCAUUGGAGUCUGCAGUUCAGUUUCCAUGCUGGCUGUAUUCAAACUUGGUAUAAGCUGAUGUUACUUUUUUGAAGCAAAAUUGUAGCUACUCGUUUCAGUUCCAGAAGAUUCUUGUGAGCUAUAGAUAGAAUAUUAAGAGGGUGCUUCCAUUUUGCACUGGAUAACUUAAAAGACUUUGUAACCACUGUUUUAUAAUAAUUGUCUGGGGAGAAAUAAUAAAAAUUGAUUUUCUUAAUGACA